AUGGAGUUUCAGAAAAAGAAUGAAGGCAGAAUAAGUCAGAAGAAGUGUGAUGAGGCUCUUGCCUCUCAUCUGCCUCACACAGCCUUCACCAGCUCAUCUGUCUUCUCCAGUGGAUAUGCACCUGGAUAUGCCAAGCUCAACAGGAGAGGAGGAGCUGGUGGAUGGUCACCUCUGGACAGUGACCAUUACCAGUGGCUACAGGUGGACCUUGAAUCAAGAAAGCAGGUGAGCGCCAUAGCAACACAAGGUCGCUACAGCAGCUCUGACUGGACGACACAAUACCGUCUCCUCUACAGUGACACAGGAAGGAAUUGGAAACCUUAUCACCAAGACGGCAACAUUUGGGCUUUCUCCGGGAACUCCAACUCAGAGAGUGCAGUUCGCCAUGAGCUCCAGCAGGGAAUCGUGGCUCGCUUCCUUAGGCUCAUCCCGCUAGACUGGAGCGAGGAGGGACGGAUUGGUCUGCGAAUAGAAGUUUAUGGAUGUUCCUACUGGGCGGACAUCAUCAACUUUGAUGGACAGGGUGUAAUCUCAUAUCGUUUCAAGGUGAAGAAGAUGAAGAUCAUUAAGGAUGUGAUCGCACUGAGGUUUAAGACGUCAGAAAGUGAGGGUGUGAUUCUCCAUGGGGAAGGCCAGCAGGGAGACUAUAUCACACUGGAGCUUCGUAAAGCCAAGCUGCUGCUGCAGAUAAACCUGGGCAGCAAUCAGUAUGGCUCUAUCCUGGGUCAUACAUCUGUGACCACAGGGAGCCUCUUGGAUGACAAUCACUGGCAUUCAGUAGUGAUUGAACGCUACCGUCGCAAUGUGAACUUCACCUUGGACAGACACACUCAGCACUUCAGGACAAAUGGAGAGUUUGACCACCUCGAUUUAGACUAUGAGUUGAGUUUUGGCGGGAUGCCAUACAGUGGGAAGCCAGUGGGAGGAGGAAGGAAAAACUUUAAAGGCUGCAUGGAAAGCAUCAACUACAAUGGAGACAACAUUACAGACCUCGCCCGUCGAAAGAAGCUAGACACCUCCAGCUUUCGGAACCUGUCAUUCACCUGUGUGGAGACCCACACCUUCCCAGUCUUUUUCAAUGCCACCAGUUUCCUGCAGCUGCCAGGUCGAGCCAAUCAUAACACAGUAUCUGUGGGCUUCCAGUUUCGUACGUGGAACCCCGACGGCCUCCUCCUGUUCAGUAAUCUCGAUGAUGGCACUCUGGAGAUCUCUCUUGAGGACGGCAAGGUUGCAGUUCAUAUCAAUGUGACAAAGGCGGCCAGAAACUACCGCGUCGAUUUAUCAUCAGGUUCGGGCCUCAAUGACGGCCAGUGGCACGCAAUACGUUUGGUUGCCAAGGAGAACUUUGCUAUGCUGACGAUAGAUGGCGAGGAAGUGUCUGCCGUGCGCUCCGUCUCACCUCUCACCAUCACCACGGGAGGAACCUAUCACCUCGGAGGUUAUUUUCUGCCAACACUGUUCCCGCCAACCCAGCGUUCGUUUCAAGGCUGCAUGCAAGCUAUCUUGGUUGAUGACCAACCUGCUGAUUUACAUGCUGUGGAGAAAGGCGCUGUGGGAGCCUUUGAGAAUGUCAGCCUGGACAUGUGCGCAAUCAUAGACAGAUGUAUGCCUAAUCACUGUGAACAUGGUGGUCGGUGUAAACAGACCUGGGACAGUUUCAGCUGUACCUGUGAUGGAACAGGAUACACUGGAGCCACAUGCCACACUUCGAUCUAUGAGCCUUCAUGUGAGGCCUAUAAGCAUUUGGGCAGGUCCUCUGAUGCCUACUGGAUUGACCCCGAUGGCAGCGGACCUCUUGGUCCCUUCAAAGUUAACUGCAUCAUGACAGAAGACAAAGUAUGGACCACAGUUAUGAACAGCCUGCCGCCCAAAACUGUGGUCACUGGUUCCAGUAGAGAGAGACGCACCGUCUUACAGGUCAACUACAGUGCCUCUAUGGACCAGGUGACAGCCAUCACCACCAGUGCAGAAAACUGUGAGCAGCAAAUCGCCUACAGCUGUCGCAUGUCCAGACUCCUCAACACUCCAGAUGGGACACCCUACACGUGGUGGGUUGGCCGAGGGAGCGAGAAGCACUUCUACUGGGGCGGAUCGGGGCCUGGCAUCCAGAAAUGUGCCUGUGGCAUCGACAGGAACUGCACUGACCCCAAGUAUGACUGCAACUGUGACGCUGAUGCCAAACAAUGGAGAGAAGAUUCUGGUCUCCUGGUUUAUCAAGAACACCUGCCAGUCAGCCAGGUUGUGGUGGGUGACACGAACAGACCGGGCUCGGAGGCCAAGCUAACUGUUGGACCACUCCGUUGCCAAGGAGAUAAUAACUACUGGAAUGCGGCAUCUUUCACAACUCCAUCAUCCUACCUGCACUUUGCCACCUUUCAGGGUGAAACCAGCGCUGACAUCUCCUUCUAUUUCAAGACAAGCGCGCCCUAUGGCGUCUUUCUGGAAAACUUGGGCAACACUGACUUCAUUCGCUUGGAGCUCAAAUCUCCUAAGGUGGUCUCCUUCUCCUUCGAUGUUGGAAAUGGACCAGUGGAGCUGACCGUGCAUUCAGCCACGCCCCUCAACGAUGACCAGUGGCACCGCGUGAUGGCCGAGCGUAACGUGAAAGAGGCCGUCCUUCAGUUGGACCAGACGUACAGGACGUCCAGGCUAGCUCCCGCACAAGGACACACACGGCUUGAACUGUUCAGCCAACUCUACGUGGGAAAACCAGCCUCGCUCACCUGCCAAGACAGUGCUGCAGGGGGACAGAGGGGGUUCCUGGGCUGUAUCAGAGCCUUACGAAUGAAUGGCAUCACUCUCGAUCUGGAAGAGCGGGCCAAGGUCACACCUGGGGUCAAGCCCGGUUGCCAAGGCCACUGUACCAGUUUUGGGAUGUACUGCCGGAAUGGAGGGAAGUGUGUGGAGAGGUACAACGGCUACUUGUGUGACUGCACCGCCACAGCCUACGAUGGUCCAUUCUGCACCAGAGAUGUUGGGGGUUUCUUUGAGGCAGGAACGCUGGUGAAGUACAACUUCCUGCCUGAAGCAGUGGCAGGAGCCAGUAAGGACACGAAGGGCUUGACGCAGCAGCUCACGUCACAUGAGGUGAAUCUAACAAAGGAGGAGGUGACCUUUAGUUUCAGCACAUCCAAUGCUCCAGCUAUUCUGAUGUAUGUGAGCUCCAAGACGCAGGACUAUCUGGCUGUGGUGUUAAGACAGAAUGGUUCACUGCAGGUGCGGUAUAACUUGGGUGGCCUGAAGGACCCGUUUGCCAUAGAUGUGGACCAGCGUAACCUGGCCAAUGGACAGCCACACAGUAUUAACAUGUCCCGUCACGACAGGAGAAUCACCAUCCAGCUGGAUCAUUACCCUCCAGUCAGCUACAACCUCCCUGAGGCCUCAGACACACAGUUCAACCUGGUCAAGACACUAUUCUUGGGAAAGGUUUAUGAAACGGGGCACAUAGACCCAGUCCUCAUUGAACGUUACAACACCCCGGGUUUCAUCGGCUGUCUGUCGCGGGUAGAGUUCAACGGAAUCGCCCCGCUCAAGUCUGCGCUCAGAACAGCAGCGAAGUCUCAGGCCACGCCAACGGCCGGUCAGACAGACAGACAACCUGCAGCUGCCUCACCUGUGUCUUACCAGGGUAAACUGGUGGAGUCCAACUGCGGCGCGUCACCGCUCACCAUCCCACCAAUGUCUGCCGCAACAGAUCCCUGGCAUUUGGACAACACAGAUGCAGAGUUUCCCUUCAAUGAGGAGAGAGUGAUUCCUGAUGGAGUCAACAGGGACUCUGCCAUCAUUGGAGGUAUUAUCGCAGUGGUGAUCUUCACCAUCUUAUGUACUCUGGUGUUCCUGAUCCGCUACAUGUUCCGUCACAAAGGCACCUACCACACCAACGAGGCCAAGGGCAGCGGGGAGUCCGCCGCGGAAUCAGUGGAUACGGCCAUCAUUGGCACCGACAACCCAGAAACCAUUGACGAAUCAAAGAAGGAGUGGUUCAUCUAACAGCCAAUCAAAGGACUCUGAGAGACAAAGUGAUGUUUCAGAUCAUCAGAUGCUACAGAGAUAGAGGAGGUUUAAUUAAAGACCAAUCGCAGAAUGGACGGAGGAUUGGCUAUUCAAUAGGACAAUAAUCUCCCAGGGAAGGUUGGGAAAGUGGGAAAGACUGUACAGAAAUCUUUUUGUUUUUUUAUAUAUAUCCAGAUUAUUAGAAAGAGAAGAAAGGGACACUUAUUCAACUGAGCACAGCAGUAAGAGACUGUACGUGUAUAUACUAACCGGCUUGUCCUUCUUUGUAUCGUGCUUGGGAGUUUUCAGGAGUCCUUUGAAUACUGUAUAUGACAAAUAAUUAUACUUAUUGGGUCGUGUGAUAGCAAGAUUUAUUGCCAGUCCCUGUUGCAUUUUAAUUUUAUAUUUUAACAAAAAUCUUAUAUCAAAAAUGAUCAAAUCAACAUGCCAAACCUUUUUUUUUCUUUUCAUGUUUCAAGCUUUGGGUGCACCAGUUUGUCAACACUCAUAUCCGUCAAAUGACAUGCCACUCAUACUGUGGUAAUAUAGAGUUGAAUAUGGAUGCCAAAAGCCACCUUGUAAAUACGAUAUUAUUUUAUCCUUUUCCAAAAUGAUUUAUUUAGAGUCAGACACAUAAACUAAAAUUAGAAAUUCAUAUCUAUAUGACAGUGGUAUCAUACGUCUGUCUGUUACAUUAUAAAUGUGUGAAAUACAGAGUUUUAUGUUUAAAUCUUAUGACAUUCGAUUGUAACGGGCAUUCCUGUCUGUGGAAGGGCAGCAGGGGGUUUCUCUGAGCAUGAUGGGAAAUCAUGACAUCAUCAUCAUCAUCAUCAUUGUGGCAGCUUUCUUUGAAUUUGGAAUGAGUGAGACUGUGAGCCUUCACUCAUUCAGACUUGAGCAGUUUGUUUGUUUCUUUGCCAAACACUUGAGUCUUAUGUCAGAUUUUCAUAUUUAAUUUGAACUGUCAGUUGACGCUUUGUUUUUGUUUUUGUUGUGUUGUGUUUUAAUACAUCAUAGGCAGUGUUGGGCUGCGGUUUUACAGCGCAUGCAUGCAUCUGUGCGUAUAUGUGGAGGCGAAAUACCGGACGAAAGGAGCGUCAGAAGAGACGUUUUUGGACAGUCGCGGAGACGAGACUGAACAGUUUGGCUGAUGCGUACUGAGUUUUAUUGAUGCACUAAACUCUAGGCAUUAAGUGGGCGAAGCAGCAUGAAAUGAAAAAUCAAUUCAUAUCUGAAAAACACCUGGGACGAGGUUAAGAAGAUAAUUGGCUUAUUAUUCCAGUGUGCCUUCAAGGUGCUGAGCCGUUUGGCCUUGCCUCACACCACUUAACACAAACCUACAAGAAAAACUUGACUGCUGCUGCAUAAAAUCGGAGUUAAUAGUGUUUUCAGGUAUUUUUAUGUUUCCUGAUAUUUCAAUGGUGCUGUGUUCCCUCACCCAGAAACCUUGGGUGGGGGGGAAAAAUGUCCAGCCAACUUCUUUUCAGAUUUUAAAAAAAAAGCCAGACUUUUUUUUUUAGUUUUAGUUUUUUGUGUGUGUGUGUGUGUGUGUGCAGCAGUAGCAGCUUUGUCGAUGUAGAUGAGUGCUGCACGCUAUAGAACGCACAAGUUUACACUUACCCUCACACAUACACACAUAAAACAUGCAUGUUUGGUGAAGCAUGAGUCAUUUGCUCAUUUACAAGAACAACGCGUUUAGAAUGAGGAGGCAGCUUCUUUGUGAAGAGGCAGAGCUUCGCCCUGCAGUGCCGCUGUGGUCCAAUAUGCAUUCAAAUGAUGGACAAAUUAUAUUUUCCAACUUUCUUUUUUUUUUUUUUGUCCCUGUCGGUUACGUUUACCAGUUUACCUUACCAUGGCUUUUACAGAACAAUGUGUUACAGCUGAAACCUGCUGCCAACUUUAUUUUGUUGUGAAGUUGUUGUUGUUUUUGUAUGUCUGUUUGAUCAAAUUGCUCCCGCGGUACUCGUACAUGAAUCAUAAUCGCCUCAUGAUUGAGUGCUUACUCUAGAUUGCUUCAUCUGAGACAUUAGGCCAGCUGCUGAACGCAGCCUGCCUUCUACCGAGGCCUCAAAGAAGAGUUUGUCUGUUCUUACAUCGCAUCCUUUAGGGCAAAUGAGCGACUCUACUGAUGUUUUGUUGUUUUUGAUUUUAUUUUUCAGGCAACACUUACAAAUGCAUAGCUGCACCCUUGAUAUAUGGUUUGAACUUAACAGCGGUGAUAACUGAUUAUCUGCGCCAACAGGCAAAACUUUAACCCACAUGUUUUGCUUUCAUUUCUCUUGCGUUCAAUAAAGAGUGUUUGAUCUUUAA